AUGGAAGCAAGUUUCGCGUCACGCAGACCAGCAGCUGGUGGUCUUCCCCAUUUCCAACUUCCUCCUCCGAACCUGGUGGAUAGUCAAGUACCAAGGGUCACUGGAGCCGACGGUCUGAGCCCUCUGUCUUCUAGCGUCAACAGUGGCAGCUCCCAAAGUUCCCAAGCAGGUGUCGCGCCUUACAACCCUCAUGGCAGUUGGCCUCUUCCAGGUGGCACUUCAUCAUAUACCUACGGAUCCAUGAACCAUGGACAAACUGGGCUGAUGCAACCGAAUUACUCUCGGUCGUUGCACUCACCAUCAGGCGCUGCUUACAAUAGCAGGCCUUCAUACUCGACUGCGACAGGAGAAGGCUUAGCCGCUCCUCCUUACGACUCUAUAUCUCCGCCAUUCCCGCUCUCCAACCAUGGAGCAGGAGGCAGCCAUCACUCGAUGCUUUCGCACAGUUCGCACCAGCCACCAUCUUUGCAGAAUCCAAUUCUGAACUCCCAAGCUACCGCCUCUCAACCACCUACACCGUCUGCUGCGGCACCUUCUGACAGUUACAACCGAGCUCCCCCUACACCCGGAUACUAUGCGCCUCCUGCCUCCACGCCCCAGCAGUCGUCAUUCCCUGCUUUCUCUACGAGUACCUUGCCUUCACCUACUCACCAGUCACCCAGUACCACUGGACCACUUUCCAGGGGUAUCCCCUCCAUGAGCGGUCAACCCUCGCCAAUGCAGGCGCCGCAUUAUGGCAACCGGCCAUACGGCUACCAACUACCACCAGCCAUGGGCGGGGCAGUGCUGUCGAACAUGACGAACCCAGGCGGACAAAUGACUCUUGUUGGCGGAAUGAACCCAAUGUCACACGGAUAUCCUGCACAUAUGGGGGGACAUCACAUGUACUCACAUGGUCAAACUCAGCCGCAACAAGAUCGCCCGUUCAAGUGCGAUGUCUGCACCCAGUGUUUCAACCGUAACCACGACUUAAAGCGCCACAAGCGGAUACAUCUUGCGGUGAAGCCAUUUCCUUGUACCUUUUGCGAUAAGAGCUUCUCUCGAAAGGACGCUCUCAAGCGGCAUCGUCUUGUGAAAGGCUGUGGGAAUGGGAAGACCUCACCGACCGACGACAACUCGUCUCCUCAGGAUGACGGCAAGGCAGACGCCGACAGCUCAUCCAACAGCGGCAUUAAGGAGGAAUCUUGA